CCCAAAUUAUCGCCGCUCUCACCCAUCCGACAAGUGUCCUCGAAGCACAGCACCACCAAACCAAGUUCUCACCCUGCGCCUCUUUAAAUUACCCUGCACACGUCCCUGCACGAGCCUCACGACCAGCCAGGCCUAUCUUCGCCGCCCAAACCCUCCGCGCACCGCCGCGCGCACACCACAAUGUCUAACAGAUUCGGCCGCCCCUCCGCCCAAUCCGACCUCUUCUCCUCCUACAAUCGCAGCGCGUCCCCCUCCAAAGACAAAAAGAAGCCCCGCUCGCCAUACGCCGCAUCCCCCUACGGCGGCAGCCCGAGCUACGCGUUCCCCUCGUCCUCGUCCGCACCGGACGGUCCGUCCUUCGGCGCGUAUCCUGGCGCAAAUGGCAGUGGUGCAGGUGCGAGUGGGACAUACAGGAGCGCGACGCCGAAUUCGCGAGGGCAGUACAGCGCUGCGACGUUGGAUGAGUUGGAGAGCCAGAAUGAUGACCAGGCAGGGGCAUUGAUUGGGAAGGUGAAGAUGUUGAAGGAUCUGACCGAAGCCAUCGGCGUGGAGAUCCGCGACUCAACGACGCUCGCCGAGAAGAUGAAUGACCAGUUUGAGAACUCGAGAUUACGGCUACGCGGGACGAUGAAUCGGAUGUUGAGGAUGGCGGAAAAGACCGGCGUGGGGUGGAAGGUGUGGCUGGCUUUUUUUGCGGCGGUUAGUGUGUUGUUUUGGUAUGUGUGGUUGUUCUAGACACGACCUGUACAUGAGGAUACAAAAGACGAGGACUGUAUGAUGGUGAUGAUAGGGCAUGCAGGGUGGAAGGGAGACAAGUGGAUACGCUUUGAGGAGUUUGGAUUCGUGACAGCGAUUAAGCAUUGCAUGCGAGGCGUUGGGCGUUGGAAGACUGCGGGGGUUUGCAUGUGCUCGCACAUAUCAGAGACAUGGUUAUAGCAUCUUGCGGGUAAUGUGGGACGAAACCUUCGUCAUUUAUUUAAAAUGCGAU